AGAGCGGAAGGAGCGGAGCGUUUCCUGCAGCUUGACGGUCCACGCUUGGCGGCGGACACGGAGACCCGAGGCGCCGACAGCAACGCAUACCUGUCUGUGUGGCAUGUGACCGUCGGCGAGCGUGUUUUUCUUGCGGAAAGGGGGAUUCGGAGAAGUGGCCCGGCCAGAGAAGGACUCGACCUGUAGAGAAGACACACAGCGACCCGGUGGUUUCCCGCUGUUCCGCCGCGACGGAGAUGGAGAAGCUGUGCGGACCGGAGCUCCCCUUCUGGGUGGCCAAUCAAACGCUCCACACAGAUCGGCCCGACCUGCCAGAUUGUUUCCAGAUGUCUGUACUGUCAUGGCUGCCGUGCAUCUACCUUUGGGUUGUGUGCCCCAUCUAUCUCUUCUAUCUCAAGAGGAACAACAGAGGCUACAUCAUGAUGUCCAUCAUGAACAGAUUCAAAACGGUGUUUGGCUUGUUGUUAUGGAUCGUGUGUUGGACAGAUCUCUUUUAUACAUUCCAUGAGCUGCGGCAGGGUCAAACCCAGCCGCCCAUCUACUUUAUCACCCCGCUGGUUCUCGGCAUGACCAUGCUGUUGGCCACGUUUCUGAUCCAGUUCGAGAGGUUACGCGGGGUUCAGUCAUCAGGGGUCCUCUUCAUCUUCUGGUUCCUGUCUGUGCUGUGUUCCAUCGUGCCUUUCCGCUCCAAGAUCCUACAGGCCUCCAAAGAGAGCGAAGUGACAGACAAGCUUAGAUUCACCACGUUUUACUUCUACUUCGCCUUGGUGGUCUGCGAGCUGGUCCUCUGCUGCUUCAACGAGAAACCUCCUCUCUUCUCCAAUGUUGUCACAGACCCUAAUCCCUGCCCUGAAACCACAGCCGGUUUCCUCUCCACCAUAACGUUCUGGUGGUUCACGAGUAUGGCGAUUAAAGGCUACAGAAUGCCCCUGGAAGCUAAAGAUCUUUGGUCCCUGAAUCCACGUGACAGCUCGAAGGCGAUGGUGCCCAAACUCCUCAAAGAGUGGGAGAAGGAACAGUCGAAAGCCAAGAGUGAACAGAAUCUGUCCAGCCAGGCUGUAUACUCCAAGCCCCCACCGAAGGCCACCAACCACAUUGGAGGAGAAGGAGCAGGUGAAAGCAGCCCAGAGGAAGCAGAGGUGCUGCUGUCCAGUCAGAAAGCUGCUCCUCACCAGCCAUCUUUCCUGCGAGCCCUCAUAAAAGCCUUUGGGCCUUACUUUUUGAUCGGCUCGGCCUACAAGGUCCUGCAGGAUAUCAUCACCUUUGUCAACCCUCAGCUGCUCAGGAUGCUGAUCUCGUUCACAAAACAGAAGGGUGUUCCUGAUUGGUGGGGUUACUCGCUGGCCUUCCUCAUGUUUUUCACCGCCUUCCUGCAGACUCUCAUCCUCCACCGUCACUUUCAGUACUGCUUUGUCACGGGCAUGAAUGUACGCACAGCUAUCAUAGGAGCUAUCUACAGGAAGGCGCUUGUGAUAACUAAUGCUGCCAAGCGCUCAUCUACGGUGGGAGAGGUAGUCAACCUGAUGUCUGUGGACGCACAGAGGUUCAUGGAUCUUACCACUUUCCUCAACAUGUUGUGGUCUGCUCCACUUCAGAUUGUUUUGGCACUUUAUUUCCUCUGGCAGAACCUCGGUCCAUCUGUGCUGGCUGGGGUGGCUGUCAUGGUCAUGCUGAUCCCUUUUAACGCUGUCAUUGCCAUGAAGACACGAGCUUACCAGGUAGAGCAGAUGCAGUACAAGGAUGCUCGCAUCAAGCUGAUGAACGAGAUCCUGAAUGGCAUCAAAGUCCUAAAGCUGUACGCCUGGGAGAAUUCCUUCAAAGAGAAGGUCUUAGCCAUCCGACAGAAGGAACUCAACGUGCUGCGCAAGACAGCGUAUCUGGGAGCGCUGUCAACAAUGGCCUGGACCAGUGCCCCUUUUCUGGUUGCCCUGACAACAUUUGCUGUGUAUGUGACUGUGGAUGAGAACAACGUCCUGGAUGCGGAGAAGGCCUUUGUGUCGCUCUCGCUGUUUAACAUCCUCAGGUUUCCUCUCAACAUGCUGCCCCAAGUCAUUAGCAGUAUGGUACAGGCCAGCGUCUCACUUAAGCGAAUCCAGUCUUUCCUGAGUCACGAUGAACUGGACCCACAUGCUGUAGAGCGAAAGAACACAGGCACAGAGUUUUCAGUGACGGUCAUUAACGGGAAAUUCACGUGGGCUAAAGAAGAUCCUGCUGUUCUGCACAAUAUUAACGUGAUGGUGCCCCAGGGCUCCCUGCUGGCAGUGGUGGGCCACGUCGGCUGUGGGAAGUCCUCCCUCAUCUCCGCGCUGCUGGGUGAAAUGGAGAAACUGGAGGGAGACGUCUCUGUUCGGGGGUCAGUGGCAUACGUACCUCAGCAGGCCUGGAUACAGAAUGCCACGCUGAGAGAUAACAUCCUGUUUGGAAAACCCUACAAUGCGCAGAAGUACACCAGUGUUCUGGACGCCUGUGCCUUAACUCCUGACUUGGAGGUCCUGCCCGGAGGAGACAUGACGGAGAUAGGCGAGAAGGGCAUCAACCUCUCUGGUGGGCAAAGACAGCGGGUGAGUCUGGCCCGAGCUCUGUACAGUGACACUGAUGUCUACCUGCUGGACGACCCGCUGUCUGCUGUGGAUGCCCACGUGGCCAAACACAUCUUUGACAACCUCAUUGGUCCAGAGGGGUUGCUAAAAGGAAAGACACGCAUCCUGGUGACACAUGGCAUUAGCUUCCUGCCCCAGGUGGAUAACAUCAUGGUGAUGGUGGAAGGCAGGGUGUCAGAGAUGGGCUCCUACCAGGAGCUGCUCACUCAGAAUGGAGCCUUCGCUGAGUUUCUCAGGAACUACUCCCUGGAUGACAUCAUAGAGGAGGACGAGGCCACUGAUGAGUUAAUUGAUGAUGGAGAAUUGUUCCCUGAGGAUGCCCUCAGCAACCACACAGACAUGGCAGACAAUGAGCCAGCGAUCAAUGAAGCCAAGAGACAUUUCAUCAGGCAGAUCAGCAUACUUUCAGCAGAUGGAGAGAACCCCAAGACCCGCUCAGUGAGGAGACACGGAUGCAGCCAGAGGAAACACUCAGAGCAACAAGAGAAACAUAAACCACAUGAGAAGGAGAAACUCAUUCAAGCAGAGACUGCCGAAACAGGCAGGGUGAAAGCAAAGGUGUACCUGGAGUACAUCAAGGCCGUGGGACCUCUGCUGUCGGUGUUCAUCUGUUUCCUGUAUGGUUGUCAGAGCGCCGCGUCCAUCGGAGCAAACAUCUGGCUCAGCCAGUGGACUAAUGACGCCUCAAACAAUCAGACUCAGGAGAAUGUUCAUAUGAGGGUGGGGGUGUACGCAGCACUGGGCAUAGCGCAAGGUGUGCUGUUGUUGGUUAACUGCCUGCUGUGCCGGGCCUACAGUAUGCUGCAGGCAGCCAAGCUCAUGCACCACAACAUGCUUCAGGGGGUCCUGCGAGCUCCGCAGGCCUUCUUCGAGAGCACCCCCACUGGGCGGUUACUAAACCGCUUCAGCAGAGACGUGGACGCUAUAGACGCUCACAUCCCAGAAAAUAUUGACAUAUGGAUGCGCACUUUCUGGUACACACUGAAUGUGCUGCUCAUAUGCUCUGCCCUCACCCCAAUGUUCCUCAUAGUCAUAGCCCCAUUAAUGGUGUUCUAUUGGUGGGUUCAGAGAUUUUACGUCGCAACGUCUCGGCAGCUAAAGCGCCUGGAGUCAGUCAGCCGCUCUCCCAUAUACUCCCAUUUCUCUGAGACCGUCACUGGCUGUAGUGUAAUCCGAGCCUAUGGCAGACACUCUGCCUUUAUUCUGAUGAGUGAUAUGAAAGUGGAUGACAACCAAAAGAGUUACUACCCUGGUAUAGUGUCUAACAGGUGGCUCGGAGUGCGUAUUGAAUUCAUUGGGAACUGCAUUGUGUUGUUUGCUGCUCUGUUCGCUGUGACUGGAAAGGAAAAUCUCAACCCUGGCCUCGUGGGUCUGUCAGUGUCCUACGCUCUGCAGGUGACCAUGUCUCUGAACUGGAUGGUGCGAAUGUCUUCAGAUCUGGAGAACAACAUCGUUGCAGUGGAGAGAGUGAAAGAGUACUCUGAGACAAAGACAGAGGCCCCCUGGGAGGUGGAGGAUAAGAAGCCCCCACCUGAAUGGCCGAUGGAGGGUAACGUGGAGUUCCACGACUACAGCGUUCGCUACAGAGAGGGACUGGACCUCGUCCUAAAAAGACUCACACUGAACGUCAAAGGAGGGGAGAAGAUUGGUAUUGUGGGUCGUACAGGAGCCGGCAAGUCCUCCAUGACGCUCUGUCUCUUCAGACUACUGGAGGCUGCAGCAGGAGAGAUCACCGUUGACGAAGUGAAGAUCGCUGAGAUAGGCCUGCAUGACCUGAGGUCCAAACUCACCAUCAUUCCACAGGAGCCCGUGCUUUUCUCAGGCACACUGAGGAUGAACCUGGACCCCUUUGAGAGGUACAGCGAUGAAGAGGUGUGGAAAGCUCUGGAACAUUCUCACCUUCAGAAGUUUGUCAGCAACCAGCCGGCAAAACUGGAGCUGGAGUGUUCAGAAGGAGGAGAGAACCUCAGUGUGGGCCAGAGGCAGCUGGUGUGUUUGGCUCGAGCUCUCCUGAGGAAGACCAGGAUCCUCAUCUUGGAUGAAGCCACAGCUGCUAUCGACUUGGAGACAGAUGAUCUCAUCCAGUCUACUAUUCGGACUCAAUUUGAGGACUGCACUGUCUUCACUAUUGCUCAUAGACUCAACACAAUCAUGGACUACACAAGAGUGCUGGUGUUGGACAAGGGACAGAUAGCAGAGUUUGAUACUCCUGCAAACCUUAUAUCGCAGAGAGGAAUCUUCUACAGCAUGGCUAAGGAUGCAGGACUGACACAGUAGAACCGCCUUUUUUGUCCCAAUGUUACAAACCAGGGUCGAGGAUCAGCUCAGAUUAGUUCGGUGCGACUCUGAACAUCAGAGCUGGCAGUGGAACUGAAGAGUAUAUUUCAGGGCACUUAGCGCUGUUGUUCAAUUUAGCCUGAGCUCCUUUGCAGACGUGGAUAAAUUAGCAGUUGCAAACAUUUUGCUUGAAACCACAUCAGGACAUUUAAAAGAGGACAUCCUCUUUUGUGAUUGUCUUAAGUUUCUUGCACUGACUACAGUGUCCUGUGUGGGAAACACAAAUCGCUUUGGCAUCUAAAUAGGAAAAAAAACAAGCCAUAUGUGCAAGUACUAGUUGGUCCAAUUCUGCAGUUUAGUGCCUUCUGCCAGUGGGAUGAAAAAAAGCCAGUGAAUGUAUCGUUUUUAAAAUCAGCUGUCUGCUGCACAACAAUCAACAGAGGAAGGAAGGAAGGAAGGGGGAAAGGAAGGAAGAAAGAAAGAAAGAUUUUUAUUUUAUUUUUUGUACCAAGACAAAUACUGUGCCACUGUACUUUACUUUACUAAAAGAACCCACACUUUUGUGAUACACCCACUUAUUUUUGUACUGUACCUUUAUUUAAGUUACUUUUUAAAGAAUUGUUUCAUCUAGGGAAGUUUGCUCAGUUAAAUAUGUGAUUCUUUUGUGAACCAAAUCUAUAAAAAAACUUGAAUUCUGUACCACCAAAAUAUGAAAUAUGAAAUAUGCCUUUAUUAAAAAAAAAAAAAAGAA